UCUGAAUAUGUCUGUGAAGUCCAUUUGGUCCAGUGUGUCAUUUAAAGUCUUUAUUUCCUUGUUGAUCUUUUGCUUAGAUGAUCUGUCCAUUUCAGUGAGGGGGGUGUUAAAGUCCCCCACUAUUAUGGUAUUGUUGUCAAUGUGUUUCUUUGCUUUUGUUAUUAUUGCCUUAUAUAAUUGGCCGCUCCCAUGUUAGGGGCAUAGAUAUUUACAAUUGUUAGAUCUUCUUGUUAGAACCUUUAAGUAGGAUAUAGUGUCCUUCCUCAUCUCUUAUUAUAGUCUUUGGCUUAAAAUCUAAUUUGUCUGAUAUAAGGAAUGCCACCCCAGCUUUCUUUUGAUGUCCAUUAGCAUAGUAAAUGGUUUUCCACCCCCUCACUUUCAAUCUGGGGAUGUCUUUGGGUCUAAAAUGAGUCUCUUGCAGACAGCAUAUCGAUGGGUCUUGUUUUUUAAUCCAAUCUGAUAGCCUGUGUCUGGGGCAUUUAGCCCAUUUACAUUCAGGGUAACUACUGAAAAAUAGGAAUUUAGUGCCAUUGUAUUGCCUGUAAGGUGACUGUUACUGUAUAUUGCUGUUUUCCUUUCUGGUCUAUGUUGUUUUUAGGGUCUCUCUUUGCUUAGAGGACCCCUUUCAAUAUUUCUUGUAGGGCUGGUUUCGUGUUUGCAAAUUCCCUUAAUUUUUGUUUGUCCUGGAAGAUUUUAUCUCUCCUUCUAUUUUCAAUGACAGCCUAGCUGGAUAUCAUAUUCUUGGCUGCAUAUUUUUCUCGUUUAGUGCUCUGGAUAUAUCAUGCCAGUCUUUUCUGGCCUGCCAGGUCUCUGUGGAUAGAUCUGCAUUUUUUUUUUUUAAAGAUUUUAUUUAUUUGUCAGAGAGAGAGCACAAGCAGGGGAGAAGCAGGCUCUUCACUAAGCAAGGAGUCUGAUGCAGGACUGGAUCCCAGGAUUCUGGGAUCAUGACCUGAGCUGAAGGCAGACGCUUAACCAACUGAGUCACCCAGGCAUCCCGUACAUGCAUUUUAGUCUACUUUUUGAAAAUUCAACACAACGUAGAUCUUUUACAUAUUUCUACAUGAACUACAUAAUUAUUACAGUGGUUACAUGAUAUUCUACUUAUGAACCACUUACUGUUACGCGUUAUGUGGUACGCCCUUUUUCACUAUUACAAAUAAUGCUGUGGUUAAUAUCGUUAGCACACAGAUUUUGGAUUAUUAAGAAGAAUUUUCGGGAUGAGAUCACUGGGUUUAAGAUGUCUUUUCUCUUUAGCUUUCUGAAGUCCUGGGCAGAUGUCCGUUGCCUUCAGCACUGUAUGAGAGUCUGAGUUCUGACCUGUUGCACUAGCCUCGUGUUAUUAUUUUUCUAUGUCCUAAGAUACCUGCUACCACACAUUCAUUUCAUUUGACACAUAUUUAUUUAACACACGGUUCCAGGCUUAAUACUGAGAACUGGAAUACAAUAAGAAGGAAAACACAGUCAGAUGGAGAGCCAGAUUUUUAGCCCUACAAUGACAUGAACAGAUGCAACCCCAUACUAUGGUGUCAUGAAAGAGAGGGAUGCCAUGCCCCUCCCUGGGGAGAUUUGAUGUCGUCGGGAGGGUCCCUGAAUCCUGUGUGCACACUAGCCUAGGGUCUUGCCUGAGUAUUCCCUUUGUCUAGAACACUUGGUCUAAUUAGCUGCUCUGCUCCUUCAGAUCUCACUGCAAACUUCACCACGCAGCACUGCCUUCGUUCCUGACGGGGUUGGAAAGCAAAUCAGGAACUUGGGAGAGGACGUGCAAGUGUGCUUCACAAACGGGGUGCCCUGCGGUGCAUGUGUGCGUGCCCUUCGCAGCAGUCUCCCAGAGAAACAAAAGCUUAACUCAAAGAACACAUCUGAUCAUAUUCAGCUCCGUCAUCUGAACCAUGAGGAUCUGGUUGCUCCUGCUUGUCACUGGAAUCUGCACGGGAAAUGUGAACUCACAGGACACGUGCAGGCAAGGGCACCCUGGCAUCCCUGGGAAUCCUGGUCACAAUGGUUUGCCUGGGAGAGAUGGACGAGAUGGCGCAAAGGGCGACAAGGGCGAGGCAGGAGAACCAGGACAUCCUGGUGGUCCAGGGAAGGAUGGAAUGAAUGGACAGAAAGGAGAGCGAGAUGGAAAAGUUGAAGCCAAAGGCGUCAAAGGUGAUCAAGGCUCACAAGGACCCCCAGGGAAACAUGGGCCAAAGGGAUUUGUUGGUCCCAUGGGAGAGAAGGGCCUCAGGGGAGAGACUGGCCCUCAAGGGCAAAAGGGGGAUAAAGGCAGUGUGGGGCCCACCGGCCCAGAAGGGCUAAAAGGCAGCAGUGGGCCUUCAGGCCCAAUGGGUCUACCUGGCCCCAUGGGCCCCAUUGGGAAGCCUGGACCCAAGGGAGAUGUUGGGCCCUUGGGACCCCAGGGAGAUCCAGGAGUCCGGGGAAUGAGAGGCUGGAAAGGGGACCGAGGCGAGAAAGGGAAAACUGGCGAGACUCCAGUCUUGCCCAAGAGUGCUUUCACAGUGGGGCUCACGGUACUGAGCAAGUUUCCUACUUCAGAUGUGCCCAUUAAAUUUGAUAAGAUCCUGUAUAAUGAGUUCAAUCAUUACGACAUAGCCACGGGGAAGUUCACUUGCCACAUUACCGGGGUCUAUUACUUCACCUACCACAUCACAGUUUUCUCCAGGAAUGUUCAGGUAUCUUUGGUCAAAAAUGGGGUGAAAAUACUGAACACCAAGGACGGUUACAUGAGCUCUGAGGACCAGGCAUCGGGUGGCAUGGUGCUGCCGCUGAAGCUGGGGGACGAGGUGUGGAUGCAGGCCACAGGAGGGGAGAGGUUUAACGGCUUGUUUGCAGAUGAGGACGAUGACACGACUUUCACAGGCUUCCUUCUGUUCAGCAGCCAGUGAUGGGGAGGUGUGUAGGGACCUGCCUCCCCACCCCUCGGAGCUGGCUUGCUGGACAUGUUCUCAGAUGAUUCUGCUCUAUGAAUCAUUCUCAUUAUUGUAAUAAUCAUAGAGGGGCAACAAUACGACAGUUAUUCCCAAAGCUGAUUUUAUGUGACUUAUAUUAUUGUCUCCAACAGUAAGUUUAAAAAUGCUUGCAUUGGGGCGCCUGGCUGGCUCAGUCGGUGGAGCAUGUGACUCUUGAUCUCAGGGUCGUGAGUUCGAGCCCCAUGUUGGGUGUAGAGAUCACUUAAAAAUAAAAUCUGGGGGCGCCUGGCUGGGUCAAUUGGUAAAGCAUGCAACUCUCGAUUUUGGGGCCAUGAGUUGGAACCCCACAUUGGGUGCACAGAUUACUUUUAAAAAAUAAAAUAAAAAUCAUAUAAAUAAAUAAAAUCUUAAUGCUUGUAUUGUUUAUUAUAAUUUAUUUACAAUUUUUCAUCAUUCCCCUCAUCUGAAAAGUGCUUUGCAUGUAUGUUUCUUGCGGGACCCGUGUUCUGAUGUCAUUUUAGUGCUUGAAGGAGGUGUGUCAGGACUUAUCCCUCAUCUGAAUUUCUAAGGACACUGGGAGAAAGGAGAGGGAAGUGUUCCAAUGUUCAUUCUA